AUCUACUGAAGGUCAACAAUGAAAAACAGGACCAUGUUUACUGAGUUUAUUCUGUUCGGCCUCACAAAUCAACCUGAAAUCCAGGUCAUGAUAUUCACCUUUAUGCUCCUCACAUACAUGCUAAGUGUUCUAGGAAAUCUGACCAUCAUUGUACUCACACUGGUAGACCCACACCUCCAGACCCCCAUGUAUUUCUUCCUCCGGAAUUUCUCUGUCUUAGAAAUUUCCUUCACAUCCAUUUUUACUCCCAGAUUUCUGAUCAGCAUGACAACAGGAAAUAAAGCCAUCAGCUUUGCUGGAUGCUUAAUUCAAUAUUUUUUUGCAAUAUUUCUUGGGGCAACAGAGUUUUACCUCCUGGCCUCUAUGUCCUAUGAUCGCUAUGUGGCCAUAUGCAAACCCCUGCAUUACCUGACCCUUAUGAGUAGCAGAGUCUGCAUACUACUCGUGUUUUGCUCCUGGCUGGGGGGACUCCUAGCUAUCUUACCCCCAAUCUUCCUGAUGAGCCAGGUGGAUUUCUGUGCCUCCAAUGUGCUGAAUCACUAUUACUGUGACUAUGGGCCCCUCCUGGAGCUUGCCUGCUCAGAUACAAGUCUCUUAGAACUGGUGGUUAUCUUCGUGGCUGCUGUGACUCUGGUGGUUACGCUGGUACUGGUGACACUUUCUUAUACAUAUAUUAUUAGGACCAUUCUGAGGAUCUCUUCUGCCCAGCAGAGGACAAAGGCUUUUUCCACUUGUUCCUCUCACUUGAUUGUCAUCUUCCUCUCUUAUGGCAGCUGCAUGUUUAUGUACAUUAAUCCCUCUGCAAAAGAAGUAGGUGCUUUCAACAAAGGAAUAGCUGUGCUGAUCACUUCAGUUACUCCCUUGUUAAACCCCUUCAUUUACACCCUAAGAAAUCAGCAAGUGAAGAAGGCAUUCAAGGACACCAUCAGAAAGAUUGUGAAACUUUAAAAAAAAGGAUAUAUUUUAAAGUAUUGAGUGGACCAUAUUUUAAGUGCUGAACUGGCCC